AGUUAGGCGCGGAAGAGCAUGCGUAGAAAUGGCGCUCGGUACGUGCCCCCCGACCCGACGUCUGCCGCGGGGGCGCGCUCGCACGCCGGAAGGGGCGGAGCCAGAUUUGAUUUUAUAUAGUGAGCACCGACGGCAGGUCGACCUCUACCGGCGGGAUUUGAUGGCGUGAUGUCUCACAGAAAGUUCUCCGCUCCCAGACAUGGGUCCCUCGGCUUCCUGCCCCGGAAGCGCAGCAGCAGGCAUCGCGGGAAGGUUAAGAGCUUCCCUAAGGAUGACCCGUCUAAGCCGGUCCACCUCACAGCCUUCCUGGGAUACAAGGCUGGCAUGACCCACAUCGUGCGGGAAGUCGACAGGCCAGGAUCUAAGGUGAACAAGAAGGAGGUGGUGGAGGCUGUAACCAUUGUGGAGACGCCACCCAUGGUGGUUGUGGGCAUUGUGGGCUACGUGGAAACCCCUCGAGGCCUCCGGACCUUCAAGACUGUCUUCGCUGAGCACAUCAGUGAUGAAUGCAAGAGGCGUUUCUAUAAGAACUGGCAUAAAUCUAAGAAGAAGGCCUUUACCAAGUACUGCAAGAAGUGGCAGGAUGAGGAUGGCAAGAAGCAGCUGGAGAAGGACUUCAGCAGCAUGAAGAAGUACUGCCAAGUCAUCCGUGUCAUUGCCCACACCCAGAUGCGCCUGCUUCCUCUGCGCCAGAAGAAGGCCCACCUGAUGGAGAUCCAGGUGAACGGAGGCACCGUGGCCGAGAAACUGGACUGGGCCCGUGAGAGGCUCGAGCAGCAGGUACCCGUGAACCAAGUGUUUGGGCAGGAUGAGAUGAUCGACGUCAUCGGGGUGACCAAGGGCAAAGGCUACAAAGGGGUCACCAGUCGUUGGCACACCAAGAAGCUGCCCCGCAAGACCCACCGAGGCCUGCGCAAGGUGGCCUGCAUUGGGGCAUGGCAUCCUGCUCGUGUGGCCUUCUCUGUGGCACGUGCUGGGCAGAAAGGCUACCAUCACCGCACUGAGAUCAAUAAAAAGAUCUAUAAGAUUGGCCAGGGCUACCUUAUCAAGGACGGCAAGCUGAUCAAGAACAAUGCCUCCACUGACUAUGACCUGUCUGACAAGAGCAUCAACCCUCUGGGUGGCUUUGUCCAUUAUGGUGAAGUGACCAAUGACUUUGUCAUGCUGAAAGGCUGUGUGGUGGGAACCAAGAAGCGGGUGCUCACCCUCCGCAAGUCCUUGCUGGUGCAGACGAAGCGGCGGGCUCUGGAGAAGAUUGACCUUAAGUUCAUUGACACCACCUCCAAGUUUGGCCAUGGCCGCUUCCAGACCAUGGAAGAGAAGAAAGCAUUCAUGGGACCACUCAAGAAAGACCGAAUUGCAAAGGAAGAAGGAGCUUAAUGCCAGGAGCAGAUUUUGCAGCUGGUGGGGGGUCUCAAUAAAAGUUAUUUUCCACUGA